UCUCGGGCACCGCCCGCACGCAAAAUUGGUUGCGCGUGCAGUUUAUUUAUUAGUCUUGAUGAAAAAAAAUAAAUAUGUAACGCCCGCCCGCACAUCGACAAGCAAGUCGUAAAAAAAAUAUCCCGCAUGUACCUACAUCCGCCAUACAUGUAUAUCUAUUCAAAUGUAUUAAAAAUGAUUCAGAUGAACAUGCUGUCUUUUUUAUCCGAACAAUGGCGAAGUUUGGCAGAUUUGCCUUUUUUAUUGAUAUCGAAAGAACCUCCAUUUUGUAUCACGUGAUAUUAAUUACCUCCCCUGAUAAACUAGAAUUUGAUUCCUGUUAAAAGUCAUUGGCGACAAUAUUUCAAUCAUUCGAUCGUAAUCGGCUCAUUAUUGCCGGCUUCAGUCGGUCCUUGUUUGGAAAAUCCUAUUGAUAAAAUAAUGAACCGUAGAACAGUUGUUUAAUAAUACGAUAGAAUCAAGUGAGAAAAAUGAUGACCUGGAUAAAAGAUUACAAAUCUGUCUGGAUCAGACGACCAUGUGUGUUUAUAAAAAUGUGGCCAGAGCAUUAUUUGAAAAAGAUAAAUUGGUGUUCUCCUUCAUGUUAUGUGGUGAAAUAAUGAAAACAGCUGGAUUGAUUACUAUUAAUCAGUGGAAUUUCUUCUUACGUGGAACAGCUGGUUUGGACAAAGAAAGACCACCUAAACCUGAUGUACCCUGGCUUACACAACAAACAUGGAAUACAGCAUGUGAUCUACAUGACAGCCUACCAUUAUUCCGUAACAUCCAUCUUGAAUUAACUAAAACACCAGUUUGGGUGAAACUAGGUGAAAUAGAGACUCAUGCUAAUCCUGAAGAAAGUGAAUUAUAUGAAGCACUACCCCCUGAACCUGAAUCACCUAAAGAGGGGGAAGACUCUCCCCCUGCUGCAGAGGGUAAAAUUGUAGGCCAUUGGAACAAAAGAUUAUCUACCUUUCAAAAGCUUAUGUUUAUAAAGGCUUUUUCUGAGGAAAAGACAACCUUCGCCACAACUGAUUUUGUAAAACUAAAUCUAGGACAAGCAUUUGUUGAGAGUCCAGCUAUUGGUUUAAAUGAGUUGUAUGAAGAUAUGAGUAAAAUCAUUCCACUUGUCUUUGUUCUCAGUCCAGGAUCUGAUCCAAUGGGAAACUUUUUAAGAUUUGCUAAAGAAUCAGGCUACACAGACAGAAUCCAAUCAAUAUCAUUAGGUCAAGGACAAGGACCUGUAGCAGAGAAGAUGAUAGUAAGUGCUGUAAAGAAUGGUGAUUGGGUUUUCUUACAGAACUGUCAUUUAGCAGCAUCAUGGAUGAUAUCAAUGGAGAAUUUAGUUAAAAACUUAACAGAAAGCCCAAAUGAAAUACAUGAUGAAUAUCGUCUGUUCUUGAGUUCUAUGCCGGCUAAACAUUUCCCAGUCAGUGUAUUACAGAACAGUGUUAAAGUUACAAAUGAACCACCUAAAGGUCUCCGUGCCAAUAUGCGUAGAGCAUUUGGUGAAGUAACUCCCAGCUUCUUUGAAGAGAAUAUUCUAGGUAAUGAUUGGAGAAGAAUGAUCUUUGGUCUUUGUUUCUUCCAUGCCAUUAUUCUUGAAAGAAAGAAGUUCGGUCCCCUUGGUUGGAACACUAAAUAUGAAUUCAGCGAUAGUGACCGAGAGUGUGCUUUGUUGAAUCUACAAAUGUUUUGUAGUGACGGCACUAUACCAUGGGACACUCUGGUAUAUAUUGGAGGCGAAAUUACAUACGGUGGUCGUGUAACUGAUUCCUUGGAUCAACGUUGUCUGAGAACUAUUCUGAAGAUAUUCUUCCAGGAAUGUACCCUAGAACCAGACUAUAAAUACUCUCCUUCAGGUAUUUAUUAUGCUCCAAGUUAUGAAACACUACAGGAAUACAGACAGUAUAUUGAAGAUCUACCUCUAAUUGAUCCACCCGAGAUAUUUGGUAUGCAUGAAAACGCAAACAUCGCCUUCCAGAGAGAAGAAACCAAUAAACUAAUACAUACCAUAUUAGAGGUACAACCACGUACGUCAUCCAUUGGAGGAGGUAAAUCUAAUGAUGAGAUUGUUUAUGAACUAGCAGAAAGUAUUCUCGGUAAACUCAUGGAUAAACUAGAUAUAGAGGAGGCUAAUAAAGAAAUGUUUGAGCAAGAUGCAAAGGGAAGAGUAAAUUCACUAACAACAGUGCUAACACAAGAAGUUGACAGAUUUAAUAAAUUAUUAUUUGUUAUAAAGGAUUCUUUACAACAGUUACAAAAAGCUAUAAAAGGUUUUGUUGUGAUGAGUGAAGAAUUAGAGAGGGUAUAUCAUGCUUUCUUGAAUAACCAGGUACCAGAUUUAUGGGGUAACGCAGCCUAUCCCUCAUUAAAAUCACUGGCUAGUUGGGUACAAGACUUAGUCUAUAGAUGUGCUUUUAUACACAACUGGAUUACCUACGGACAACCUAAAUCGUAUUGGUUAUCUGGCUUCUUCUUCCCUCAAGGUUUUUUGACUGGAACUCUGCAGAAUUAUGCAAGGAAGUAUAAUUAUCCUAUAGAUCAUCUAAGUUUUGAUUAUCACAUGUUACCACACUAUAGAGAUCAGAAAGAAGUGACCAAACAGAUGGAAGAAGUUAAGUUUGGUGAAGAAAUACCAUUAGAUCAAGAGAUUGAGUCACCAAAAGAUGGUGUUUUAGUUCAUGGUUUAUUUACUGAUGGUUUUGGUUUUGACAUGGAAAAAAUGAUAGUACAAGAUUCUCGACCUGGUGUCAUGAACUCUGUAUUGCCCAUGAUGCACAUGGAACCUAAAAUGGACUUUACACCCGAUGAAUUUAAUUAUUGUUCACCGUUAUAUAAGACGUCUGCUCGUGCUGGAGUCCUCUCUACUACAGGUCACUCAACUAAUUAUGUGGUUGCUGUAUAUUUACCAUCACAGAUGCCUCAAGAUUAUUGGAUUGCCAAAGGUGCUGCUUUAUUAUGUCAGCUUACUGAAUAAUUUGAUUUAAAUAAGAAUUUAAAAAUAAAUAUAUGUAUUAAAUUUAUUCAGCAGAACACUAAAUUUUAACUAGAGUCAAAACUCUAAUUUAAAACUGUACAAAUUAGUGUUCAAGAAGAACCUUUUUUUUCUUUUCUUUUUUUUGUUUGUAAAUAUGUAUAUUAAUAAUAAUAGUUUUGUAUAAUAAUAAUUUAUUUUAUUUAAUGAGUUUUAUGUAUAUAAUAUUUAAAGAUGUGUAUUAAGAAAUCUGUGAUAUUUAAGACAUAUUUCUUCUGUUUUAUUAAUAUAUGAAUUAUAAUAUUUUUUGGCAUAUUUUAUCAUAAACAUUCCAUCCACUAAGCCAUUAAUUAAUCUACUGUGAAGACAUAAAACCAAUUAUCUUCAUAUUUCAGUAUUUUGAUUUAAAUCAGCAUUUUGUCCUUUAUGUAUACAUUUAUUAAAAUUAAAUGUGCUGUGUUAUUGUUAUAGGUUGGGAUUUUUUCGUGUGAUUUAUGAUGACAAUUAACAAGCAUAAAAUUAUCUAACCUACCAGUAUAUGAUGUUGUCUAAAUCAGCUUUAAAUUGUGUUAAAUCAGCAAUAGUGCACCUACCACAGUUAUUGUUAGAAUUUUUAAAUUAAUAUGCAUAUUCAACAAUUAGUAUAAUUAAAGGCUGAUUAAUGACAACAAAUCAUUCUGGCUGGCAUAGACUCAUUUAUACUUUAAUAUACUACAUGUACCUUGUACAAUUACAGUAUUAAUUUUGUCAUAGUUAUUAAGAGAUUGUUCUUUCCCUAAAAUUAUCAGCAUUCAUCAUAAAUCCUUCUACCGGUAUUGUGACAUUUGUCGCCAUUCCUACAGUAUUUUUACUGUCCAUUAUUAAAUCUUAUUUUAAAUGUCUAUUUUUUUUUAUUUUUUUUUUUAUAUAAUAAAUUCCAAAAGUCACUAACUGCUGGGUAUAAAACUGUUGAUAUAAAUUUAUUCGGCAAAUGUGUAGAAACCGUCCAUUAUUAAAUCUUAUUUUAAAUGAUUAUUUUUAUUUUGAUUAAAUCCAAAAUUCACUAACUGCUGGGUAUAAAACUGCUGAUAUAAAAAUUUAUUCAGCAAAUGUUUUAAUGUAUCGAAACCAUUGUGCUUAUUAUUUAUUUAUAUAUUAUAAACAAUUUGUGAUAUUUUGUCUAUAUACAAAUAAAAUUACAGAAAUAAACUUGAUUUUUCUUCAA